AUGAAGGUAUCGCUUAAUAUGCGGGUUUAUCGGGCAAUGCGAUUGGUUGCACCAGAUCCAGUUAUUUUUCUAAUCGGCGUUAUUGCCAUUGCAUAUUUCUGGAAAAGGAGGAACAGGCCCACAUUUCAUGCUUCAGAUGACGAUCUUGCUGAAAGUUUACAUCCAGUUCCACCUGUAGAAAAUGAUGAAUCGCAAGCCUAUGUAGACCUUGGAGAAUCUCAGGGUGGCUUGAAUAAUGACGUUCCAGCCGAUCGUGCGCCUUUUGUGCAAACACUCACGCCUGUCGUAAAUUUUCCGAACGCAUGGAUACUUCAUGCACUAACGGUGGUUUUGGUUGCCGCCGCCGGGGUCAUUGUGCCCUCACUGUUAUCGGCUUUUUAUUUGCUCAGUUUUUACGUCACUUGCACAUACUGGUCGUCAUGCAAAACAGUGUACAACCACAAGCUUGCUUGGACUCGAGUUGUCCUUCUCAUAUAUAGCGGACUCCAUCUGUGCGUAUUCUAUCUGUACCAAUUUGAGUAUGCUCAGGUAAUUCUUGAUGAUUCGACCUUUACCGCGAGGCUCCUCGGGCUCAAUUAUCUAAUUCGUCAAAAUUGUACCCAACCUGGGGAAGUAAUUUUUCCCACUGACAAACCUCUGUUCGUUUUCUUUGCCCCACUGGCAGUUAUACUGGUGUAUUUGGCAGUUGCUGCAGAAAUUCUGACUCAUAUUGAUGCUGAACAUAAUCGAAAAAUGGUCACAUCGGUAUUGGUACGAAACAUCAACCUAUCGACUGCUCAUCGCCAAUCGAUGAUCCAGCGUCAGCGCCAACAACUGGUGGCAGCAGCUGAGGAAAUUCAUCACCAAGAACCCUCCACUAGUCUCAGCGAGCCUCUUCUUCUGAGCACUACCGAGACUGGACGUCCAGACAGGUCCUCUAACACACUCGAUCCCCUCUCUUCCACCAAUCAGCCACCAGCUGAUCACAUGCUCAUCGAUCUGGAUGAUCCACCCACGACAGAAACGAUUGUCCCUGGUCAGAGUGAUGAAAAUGAGGUGAAUAACGCAGCGAGGGUGUCGAUGAACGACGUCACCCAGAUCAACCGCAACUCCAUGGCCGAGCGCUCUCAGCCCGUCUACGACGUCUUCCCCUUCAUCGCAACCUCCAGAUUCAGGCACGGGGGCAUCCUGGUAACCGAAGAUGCCAACUUCUUUUCACCUCUCACUCAGCGACCUCUGUUGCUGAGCUUCCUCAACUCUGCCAUCCGAAACAGCUACAUCUUAACCUUUAUCGCAAUGAUGGCGUGGAGUGUGAUCUUUCGCAGCUGGCUCUCCUUCAUACUGCUGCUGUCGGCGUGCCUCCUGUGGAUUCUGCCCAACUCCCGUAUGGCCUGCCUGUGUUUCAGCCCGCUCAUUGUCGCCUACGGCAUGUGCAUAAUCCUCCUCCAGUACAUCUACUGCUUCAACCUCACCGAAGCCGAACUGCCCACCUACCUGCCCGAAAAGGCCAUUAAUCUCACCGAGAUUGGUCUCCAUCGCUGGCCCGUACCUGUGUGGCCUCUCGCACUACAGCUCACAUUCCUCAUCUUCUUUUGGCUGAACCUGCGGUUGUUUGUGCUUGAAAAGGCGUCUCGUGUGAGUCGAGCUCUGUUAAAUGCCGCUUCGAGUGACCACGAGGGAUCGGGUAAUGUGGGCCAGGCAAAUACAACCUCCACAACUGUCGGGGACCGUGUGACAACCCACGUCCACUCCACUGUCGCCUCGUUCAAUUCAGUACGGCAGCAGCAGCACCUGCCUGACAAUGAUCCGCUUAACGAGCAUGUCACGAUCACCGCGGCUGUGGCUUCGUCUCUUGGUCUCGACGACUCCACCUCCAGCGAUUAUGGAAUCGCCGUCGUCGAUAAUGUCCGAUAUCGGAAAUUCACUAUAUUUCUGCACCGCCUGUGCGUCCGCUACUGGAUCGCGCUAUGUUGCCUCACGAUGCUGCUUUUCUCGCUUCGGCGACCCGUUGUGAUUUUCCGCGUCGUCUACAUGGUCCUGCUGCUCUACUUCUUCACUGUGUUCAUGGUGAGCUAUCGAUUUUGGCGCAAGCAAAUGCUCACCUUCUGGUGGGUAUACAUUAUCUACUCUAUCGCGGUCCUCCUAUGCACCUACACCUACCAGUUCACCUCGUUCCCAUUCUACUGGCAAAACGGCACAGGCCUCAGUCCACAAGUACUCAAGGCCAUUGGUCUGGAACAGUUUGAUAGCGCUGAACUCUUCGACCGCCUGAUGAUGCCGGUUGCCUUCAUCGUCAUCAUCAUCCUCCAAAUGCACUACUUCCACCAGCCAUUCCUUGAAGCCUCCUCUCUGGAUAGAUACCGCGAUGCUGGUCGCCUUGACAGGUCGUACGCCGUCCACACGCCAUCGGCUCCCGUCCAGCCACCCUACAACGACUCCUUCGAAACCCAAUCAAAUUUUAUUGAAGAUUUCCACUCGGUGUUCAACACGGUGACCUCCUACCUCUGCAAGUUCGUUGAAAGAUCGCGAACUGUCGCGUGGCGCAUCGCCGAGGUCUAUUGGAUCAAAGUGGUUUGCCUCCUUCUGAUGUUCUCCGUCAUCAAGGAGGUUACCAUCACAAACAUCGUCCCCGUGGUCGUUGUUGUGGUCUGCUUUCCGUUUCCAUUCCUUCACGGCCUUCUCGUCACCUUCAUCUUCUGCUUCACCGGCCUCCAGAUUGUCAUGAAGAUGCUCUUCCAACUCGACAUCAUCUCGGACGCCGAGCACGAGAGCAUGCUGGCAUCCGGUGCACCGCAGAACCCAGUUCAACCAAAGUCCAGCAUAACUUCGCUUUUACCCAACGGUACUGGCAAGUGGAUUGGCCUGGACGUGGUCGAGGACUUCCCCAAGUACAUCACGCCUCUUGCACUGCUCAUUGUCGCCUGUGUCUUCUGGCACGUGAUCAGGCUGCGCCAGGAGCAGUUCUACCGCAAGGCGGGUUCCACACGGCCCAAGUCGGGCAUCAUCUUCCCCGAGAUGUCGCUGAGCACGAUGAACGAGAAGAUCCUCAACUUCCUCAAAUGCGUCGCCAACUACACCUUCUACAAGCUGGGGCUUGAGAUCUGCUUCUGUGCGACGGUGAUUGCAGCCUGCAUCCGCGUGGACGCCCUCAGCGUCCUCUACCUCCUCCUGAUGCUCAUCUUCCUCUUCAGUCACCGCGACGUGUGCUCACGUCUCUGGCCGGCCUACGUGAUCUUUCUCGGCGUGCUCCUCGUCGUCCAAUACGCUGCCUGCUCCCAAAUCCCCUCCAUCCUCGUGCAGUCCCUGCCUUGGGACUCCUCAGACAACGAGACCAUCCGCCUCCAACAGUGGCUCUUUCUGCCCUCCACGUCGCACCAGCCAGACCCUCGGAAGCUCAUUGUCGACUUCCUACAAUUCGUGCUGGUUGCUACGCAGUGGCGCGUCUUCAAGCUGGAACAGCGGCCGGAUUGGGAAGCCUACGGCGGUGGCAGCAACAAACCGGUCCUCACUGACACCCUUCCGAGUCCAGACGAUCGCGACUUCAUCAGCACGAAGGAGUCUUAUUUGGACUACCUGCGCCACGGAGUUUUCUAUUGGUCGUAUUGGAUGAGCUUGGCCAUUGUCUUCGCAACAGGCGUGAGCUGGAUCACCCUCUUCUGCCUCGGCUACAUGAUUUUGAGUUUCAUCUACCUCUGGAUGGGCCAAAACGUGAUGCUGCGAAAACGCUCCAACCUCAUUGCCUCGUGGAAUGUGAUUGUGGGUUAUAAUUUCUGCGUCAUUCUGGCCAAGUGCUCUCUCCAGUUGAUGGGCUGUGUCUACUGGAACCGUCUUGUGGGUCAUCGCAUCUGCUGGCUGAUUCAGCUCUUCGGUGUUACCUGCAUGAAUCCUGUUGGCUGGAAUGACUACGCCGGCUACUCCACGGACAUCGGCUGCGAGAUCGUCUCCAAUGGUCUGCAUUGGGACGUGGUGUGCUUCGUGUUCAUCCUUAUUCAACGCAAGAUCUUCACCACAGCCAGUUUCCGCCACGUGGUCUUCGAUUUGAGUGUGCAAAGCUGUUUCGCCUCACGGGGCGCCUUCCUCAUCAACCGCAAGCUGAUGCAGGUGAUUAGCGAGCAGAAUCGCCGCGAGCAAAGCGACCUCGAGCGGGUGCAGCGCAAACUCGACAGGAUCGCCCAGCACCAAAAGGAGUCGGGCAAGAACACGGCCAACAUCAACGAGCACUACAUCUUGAUUCGCUCCGGGGACUACUACCACUUUGACGGGGACCCAGAGGAGGAGGACAGGGAUUCGGAGGAGUUCUGUUCGCCUCACGGCGGCGGCACCGGUGGUUCCGCUCCGUACUGCUCUGUCCACACCAGACGUCUGUCCGGUGCCGGCCGACCGACGAAAAUGGCCGGUUCGAAGGGCGGUGAGUCUCUGCAGCGGCAUCAUAUUCGCGCUGCUUGGCCAAACAUCGGCGCCGGACAGUUGGACGCGCUGUCGAACUACACCUGCCCCUACAGCCCUGCUCGGUUGCACUCGACAGUCAAAUCGCGUUUCUCCAGUGUCCGCCCACCGAUGGAAUACGCGUCUGUCGGGGUGCCCUAUUCGUCCUCUUCGUCGGAGGAGUAUGCGCGUUCUCCGCCACGACACGCCACUCAACACCCCCAGCGUCCUGGCUAUCGCUCCCAUCGGCGUCUCUCCUCCUAUCCGGAGGCGUUCAUCGCUGCUAAAAAGGCGGCUGCAGCCAGUAGCCGAAAGGCGGAGCAUGAAGAACAGGCGGCUCCAGGGACGCAAGAAGAGGCCAUUGAGUUGCAGUCUCUCCCUCGCAAACAAGGCGAGCCUGUGAGUGCGACUGCUGCUAGUCGGAGCAAGCGUUCCGCGUCCAGCCGCGGACACCGGCGUAUCGCCUCAGCGGACGCCAUUGAGCCCGCGAAACUCCAGCGAGACGCCUCCGCGAACGACACCGAGUUUGCGGCGGAGGCGCAACCACCCGUCAUCCCGCUGUCGUCGUCUGCUCAACCGCUGUCGAUCGGCCUUGUGGCACGCGACGCCACAACUCGCCCCUCGGUCACCUUCGCCGUCUCCGCCCCACCGGAUCCCGGCACUGUUGCCGACAACGACGACGACGAGGAGCUAGAGGAGGAGGAGGAAGACGAAGAAGACGACGACGCGAACCCCACCCAGACCCAUAUGAACCCCCUUCAGCUCAUCAACCAGGCGAUGGAGAUGGGCGUGCGCUCGACGGCUCGCCAGUACCGACGCAACCUCGCCGCCUACCACCAGCGCAGCUUGGCAAACGAGUCCACCGGUAACGCCGCCGAGCCCGACGCACGCAAACUCCCGACGUCUGCAGCCACAGACGGCGGCCAGUCGUCUGCUAGGGCAAGCGCCGUCGGCGUCCAGAGGUCACACGCUGCGAGACCGUUUCUGCUGAAACAGGGCACUGUCGAGGAAACCAGGCCUGACGACGAUCCCCUGAUGCUGUUGAAGACACAAGGCGCACUUGAGGAUGUGGACCAGAUCGACGCGACGACUCCUGGACACGAGGGAGCCACGCCGGUUCGAGUCCCUCUCGCAGCCACCGUCUCGAGACAGUUUUCAGAAGACGUCAUCGCUCGAGGCGGUGUGAACGAGGCGAGCAAAGGCGAGGCAGCGGUCCGUCGGGAAGAGGAGGAGGAGGAGGGCGACGAGAGCUGUUGGAGUCGCUUCAAAGCCGCCUGUCUGGUGAUCCACAUCUUCUUCCUCUCCACCAUCGAGACGACUACGCGCAUGCUCAACACCAUCACUCGCGAGCACCGCCGCAUUCGCCGGACCAUUGACCUGGAGAAGCGCAAGGUCAAGCAGAAGGCCCUUGUCAUCUUCAGUCGCAGCUCCCUUGAGACGAGGCUGGUGGAGGAGGACGAACACGCGGUCCCGGGGCGUUGGCGUUUCGGCGGACGUUUGCUGCGGGCCUUCCGAGUCCGUGGCGAGAGGCCGGCGGACAACCACAACUCCUGCGUGUCCGUUCAGCGCGACGAACCCAGCUCCCUGUCGGAGUACUUCUACAGCCGAACUCGAGUGACGCUGGAGUCCGUGGUGUUGGACGUGAUCUCUGGCAACACGAGUCCCGGCCGGACAGCGCCGACAGUUGCCUGCGAACCGCGCACUCAACGCGGUGGUGGCGGUCGUCGCUGGCGCUACUGGUCAACCACCAGCACCUCCACGGGCGCCGCAACCAAGUCCACGGCUUCGGCGGGCGCGGCAGCAUCGACGUCGGCGGCCACCGCCGACUUCUCCGACGACGACGACGACGACGUUGUAGACAACGAUGUCCCGGUGGCACCCGCGGGGGCUUUCGUCGCUGUUCGACGGCCGGAGGGUCAGUGGGAGCAGCGGGAGCGCGACUUCCGUCGCUCGCGGCCCAGCCUCUUCCUGUUGUUGAUCGCCGUCGGCAAUCUCAUCGUCGUGCACUCCGAGCUUGUCUGCUACGCCAUCCUCAUUAUCAACCACAUGCGAUCGGCUAAUGUGCUCUCCAUGGUUUAUCCCUUGAUGGUGUUUCUCUGGGGCAUGCUUUCGGUUCCUAGGCCAACCAAAACCUUCUGGAUUAGUCUCAUUACCUACACCGAGCUGGUCAUCAUAAUCAAGUACAUCUUUCAAUUCCGCUUCAUCGAUUUCAAUUCACCCUGCCAACUGUCAGCAACCCUGGCGAAAACGCAUUGGCUGCCGAGUAUCUUUGGUAUCGAGAAGACCGACUCCUAUGCAACUUGGGAUCUCAUUCAGCUCCUGUUCAUCUUCCUCCACCGAAGCUAUCUCAAGAACUACGGCCUCUGGCGUGAUGACACCGAGUUUCGUCAGGAUCUGCUGCAGGCAGGCGAAGCUAACAAAUCCAUCGCGAAGAAGAGCGGUGCCCAACAGCAGCAGCAGAAUCCCAGAGAGGAGCUGAUUGUGUCGACCUAUUCAAAGACGUCGACGUCGCAGUACGGAUCCCCCUCGUCGCUUAAUCCACUGACGAAAAUGCGGCGGUUUUACCUCAAGAUGACCGAUCCGCGCUACAACCAGAAGGUGGACGUCUACGUCUACAUGUUCAUCUGCGAAUUCCUGUCCUUUUGGAUUAUCAUUUUUGGCUAUCAAUCCUUCGGCCCAAGUACUGGAAUGGGCGACAACGCAUUUGAAUUCAUCAAAACCAAUCGCAUUCCUGGUCCUUUCAUCGGCAUGAUCAUCAUCCAGUCGGUCUUUAUUGUGACGGAUCGAGCUCUGUUUCUGAGGAAACAGGUCCUGGGCAAAUUCAUCUUCCAGAUCAUGAACGUGAUACUCAUCCACGUGUGGCUCUUCUUCAUCCUCCCACAAAUCACCCUAACACCCUUCAAUGUGGGCCCAGCUCGCGCGCUGCUCUACUUGCUCAAGUGCAUUUACUUCGGUCUCUCGGCCUACCAAAUCCGCAGUGGCUACCCACGCCACAUUCUCGGCAACUUCUUAACCAAGAAGUACAACUACAUCAACCUGGUGCUCUUCAAGGCGUACUUGAUAACCCCGUUCCUCUACGAGGUGCGAAGUGUGAUGGACUGGAUGUGGACGGACAGUCCCCUGUCGUUGUACCAUUGGAUGGAACUGGAGGACAUCUACGCGAAGGUCUUCGUGAUGAAGUGUUGGCGCCGCUCCGAGAUCGAGUACCCCACGCCGCUCGGUCAGAAGCGCUCCAUCUGCGUCAAGUACACCGUCGGCCUCCUCAUCCUGCUCUUCGCCUUCCUCUGUUUCUGGGGCCCCCUCGUGGUGGCCUCCUUCAUCGACACCACCUUCGCCAUCAACGUGCCCAUCGAGUGCUCCCAGACCCUGUCGAUCGGCGGCUUCCCGGCACUCUACUUCUUCACUUCGCGUGAAAACAACCUCCUCCACGUGAACAGCUCGUUCCUCUCGGAGCUGCGACAGUGCAACGUUCUGGACCAGGGCACCACGGGCUUCGUGGACAACUUCAAAAGCGAGGACCUGAGCAACGUGACCUUCGACACAACGUCCGAGCGUGUUUGGACAAUCACACCACCCAUGUACCUCAAGUUGAUGUCGGAGCUGGCCGACGCGCAGUCCCAGAUGACCAUGACUUUUCACCUGCAGUGCAGAAGGCAGGUCCCCUCCCUAAGCUCACCCUCAAGGCCAAUCGACUCGGGAUCGCAGCGCGUAGAGCAGUACUUCCACCGACCCUUGUCCAUGCCCGAAAGGCAACAACUCCACAAGGUCCUAGAUGAGAAUUGGAACAACCGGUCCAGCAAAAGUUCCGUCCAAAUUGAUCUGGCCUUCCCGCGUUUUCUGUUUGCACAGAAAGACAACCUUCGCAAUGCCUCGAGCAACCUAGCCAAGGACUACACCUACGUUAACGUCAGCGUCUCCCUGGAGAAGGACGACGUCUCGUCACGCCAGUGGUGGGUGAUGGAGGAGGUGGGGAUCGCUGGUCCACCGUGCUACGGCAGUAUCAACAACCUGACCGAGGCGGAAAUGAGCUACCGUUCUCGCAACCGCAGCUUCUCCAUCAUCAUCUUCAAUGAGCGGGUUUCGGAUAACAUCUUGGGGAAGAUUUUCAGCUCCUACGGCAUAAUUGGCAUGUACGCGGCGUACAUAUUUGUCGCGAGCAGGCUGCUGCGAAUGAUCUACAGCGACAUUUCCUACCAGAUAUCGCUUCAGGAGUUGCCGCACGUGGACAGGCUGCUCAAUCUGUGCCACGACAUCUACUUGGUGCGCGAGAACGGCAAACUGCAUUUGGAGGAGCUGUUGUUCUCCAAGCUCAUCUUCCUCUAUCGCUCAUCGGAGACGAUGAUCAAGUGGACGCGGCACCCCAAGUGGCUGGUGGACAAGUUCACGAGUAAACCCGAGGAUCGAUACUCACCUGGGCCGGCUGAUGGCCCACCACCACCACCACCUCCUCCUCCUCCCCCGCCGCCGCCACCUCCAGGCGAUAACGCGAGGACUGACCAAUCAGAGCGUCGCCCGGCUCGACCAAUGGCGUCGUACGGUCGCCAGCGUUCGCGUGUCACGGAGUCGUGUGGCGACCCGCGCGUCUUUCGACGCCCCUCGCCACCUCCAGACAGUCCUCGACACUCGGGGUCACUGCGUCGGCGUCUCGUGGCCGCGCGAUCACCGCUGCGCCAACGCGGCCGGUCGCCCUCGUCCCAGCGCUAG